AUAAUAAUAAUAAUAAUAAUUUUUGAAGGAUAAAAAUAAAAUAAUAAAAAGAAAAUUAACGAAAAUGAAUAUAAUUAAAAUUGGAAAAAAAAAGAAAAAAUAGUAAAAAGAGAUGAUUUAACGAUUAGGUGAUAGAUAAAUGUAACUGAUAAGGAUGCGUGUGAUUUAGCUUGAUGAAAUUUCGACAAUAUUCUGUUAAAUUAUAAAAUUGUCGAUGUUUACAUAUUAUCAGCUUGGCUUCCUAGAAAGAGAGAGAUAGAGAGAGAGGGGGAAGGAACAGUGAGAGAGAGAGAUAGGUAUAGGGUUAAUUAAAUGACAGCGCGUUAAGGGGUCAACAGGGUAGAUUGUCGGUGAUAGGUAUAAGAGGAGCGAACGAGAGAAGCUUAAAUGCAGUCGCAUGGUGUACGUCAUCAUGAUUACCUUGUUGCUAUUACCAUUUUUUCUAGCGAGCCGUAUUUCGGUCGACAUCGAAUCGCUUCUACAUGGACCCGAAUAUACUUAUCGUGUAGAAAUCAUUACCGUAAAAAAAGCUGGAGGUCAUCCAUGUGCUGGUGAAGAUGUUAAAGCAUUCGACGCCGUUAGUACAUUGAAAUGUCGUCCACGAGUACCGGAUACUUUGAAUUGUCGUUUCGAAGCGGCAAAAAUGCAAAUUUACGAGGACGGUCUAUACGAAUUGGCACGUGAAACGGUCGAAGAUCUUUGGAUGGACGACGAGCCCUUUGAGAUUAUAUUCGACGAAAAUGGAAUUCAAAAUUUAAUCGUUACCAAAAAUAUGGAACCAUGGACAAUCGACAUGAUACGAUCUAUAGUUAAUCAAUUGAACGUCGGUGUAGAUAUUAGAAACAAACAAGAUGGAAUAUUCACGACAAUCGAAAGAUCAUUUUUAGGAAAGUGUCAAGCCAAAAUCGAGCUAUAUCAUGGAUUAUCGUAUGACAAUAGAUGGAAGGAUGAAAAAUUUGAAAUAAUACCAAUGAAUGGAAUAAAUAAAGUUAAUUCGGAAUUUUUUGACAUUGAAAAGAGAAGGAACAUCGAUGAUUGCGAACAUGGAGUAUAUUUUUUUGCGAGCAAAUCUGCUUAUACUGAUUUGCCUCGUGACGUCACCACGGUUAUAAAAUCAUCGAUGAGUCGUAUAAUUAUAUCCGAUUCGAACUAUACUUCAUAUACGACCAAUGAAUUUCUAGUAACUAGUAAAGAUAAAACUAGAAAUUUCACGCUCCACGAGAAGAUUAAAUUAAAUUUGGAAACUAUAUCGGCACCGGUAAAUGAUAUACCUGCGAUUCCUGAUGCCACAUCGGUCAACUUUAUGAUUCAACCACAUCGUUGGGAUAAGAACGAAGAGAAGAAGAACGAGGAGAAGAAGAGGAAGGAGAAAUCAUUUCUAAUGGAAAAUAUUGAAAAUCGAUAAAUCACACGUAAACAACGAAUGUCGAAUUAUUUGUUAAUUAAAUCUUGACGAUUUGUUCGAUUGAUUAUUAUUAAAACAAAAAAAAAAAAAAAAAAAAAAAAAAGAUAGAAACAAAUUAAAUAAACGUACGAUUAUAUUGACUAUCGACACUCGUCUAUAAAUCAUUUCGACGAAAUAUAAAUAAUAAUAUAUCGAUUUAAGGUACUAAUUAAUAAUAUUCCAAAUCAUUAGAUCGUAUCUAACAGAUCCGAUCAUAUCGUUUUAUCUCGAUUUAGCGAUGUGUACUUAGAAAUUUAUUAGAAUUUUCAGCUGACUGAUUGCAUGAGUCGGAAAAUAAUAUACUCUAUUACGCCUCUGAUUAAUCUGAUAUCAGACGUUAGGGGAGACAGGAUCACGAUCUAUGCGGAAAACGCUAGUUAAUGAAAUUGUUUUCAAAUUGUUUUAUCGGCUAAUCUGUCUUAUAAAAUGGAGAAUCAUUCAGAGGAUGUCUCAGUUAAUUCGAGUGAUAACAAUGAAGAUGUCCAUCAUUCCAUUUCUUUUAGGUUUUUCUACCAUUCAUAAGUAUUCAUCGAAGAAGGAAUCUUAAUGGAUCUGAUGUCCUCGACCAUUAGGAUAAACAAAGAGUCAUAAACAAAAGAAGAUUUUCUUCAGAAAUGAUUUCUAAUGAUAGUACCAAGAACGUCGAAAGGAUUGAACGGAUUAUCACAUCAGAAGAUUACAUUUGAUAUUGAGAAACGUAAAUUCUAUUAAAACUUUAUCAUCUAUAAUUUAUAAUCCAAUUAUCACUAGUAUUUAUAAUGAUUAUUGUUUUGAUACUUUUUGUUGAUCAUCUACAGAUCCAUUGUCAAGAGAUCAUUUACAAUGAUGAUUAGAUCAGACGUAAGAAUACGUCGAAAUAUUAGAUCUUCUUUUUAGUAUAAUAACAAAUUGAAGACAAUUCUAUCUUCGAAGAAACGAUAAUAAUAUUGAUUCAAACAUGUUAUGUCAUUUUAAACAAUUGAAAUUUUGACAUUACUAUCAUUGCCCUUGAAAAGUAACUUUGCCAGGUUCCAAGGUUAAUCGUAUCACGCAACCAGUAGCAUUUCGAGUUCGCUUAAUAAACGUAAUUAACGAAGUUGGAAUAAUCCUUUAGACUAGCUUAAAGCAAUGUAUUUACGAUUGGUCUCAUCUUGUUAGAAGUUAUCUUGAACAAGCUUUAGCGCUCACGAUGUUGUUUGUCGUUUCCAAAUUAUACUUAGAUUUAUCCACGAUUAGAUAGAAUUAUAUAGAUUGAAACUAUCAGCAAAAUAUAUACGUAUAUAAUCUAUUAAAAAA